CGGGAUUCGUCGAAUAUGUGUACGCCGAUUCUAAUGGAGUUCCCCCUUGAACAGGUGACUGAUAAUAGCCCUGGGACGGCGGUUGGACGCCGCCGUAGUUGUGCUCGUAGUCGUAGUACGUCGGGUAUACAUCUUGCGGCAUGCUGCGCCGGGGCGCCUGCUGCAUGAUCAGGUGGCCGUGGUGAUGAUACUGCAACUCGGCCUCCGACGUAGUGCUAUCCGGGCUGCCGAUGCUUUCGGGCUCGUCGACGAGCAGAGCUUCUUCGAGCACAGGCCGGUACUCGCAGUGCAGCUUGCGCUUCGUGCAUCGCUCGCACGUCUUCAGUGGCUGAUCUUCUUUCACCAGGCACUGAAAACAGAUCAACGGAGGUUGGUUAGUUGUUCGUGCAGGCCAUGGGAGUGCGCCGACGCGCCAACGCGAAAACGGGAGGGGGGUAGUCAGAAGAAGUCGGGAUCAUGGCUGAGUGAGCUCGUUGCUUCAGCUAUGGAGGAUUGCAUUUCAUUUCAUACAGCACAAUCCUUAUAUGCCCUCACAGUUUAUGUCAACUGCGGUGCCGGCAAGAUCGCUGUGCCGGAUUGAGUCAUCCUAUUUCUGGCCUCGAUGCACAUCCAUCAUCCGUUCCAGCCAGUAGACCCAAUCCGUUCGCGGUCGUUCCGAGUCCUGAAUGAUUGAAGCACGGCGGAUGAUCCCCUGCGAAGGAGCGCACUGUGUGUCGAAAGAAAGUUGGUAGGCAUGCUAUUUGGCAGAUCGACA